AUGAGCUUACAGGUUACUCUCUGGGAACCUCAUUCUCAUUACGCAAGGCAAAAUAUCAAAGAGAACGAUCUUGUCUUACUUCAAAAUGUCAACGUGAAAAUUGGAAGAAUGAGUGGUGCAAUGGAGGGAAGCCUUCACACAGAUCGUCAUUACCCUGAGAAAGUGCGAGUGAUACCAAUCAACGACAAUGAUUCCGAGGAUGAUGUAAAACAGCUCGUGAGGCGAAAGCUGGAGUACUGGAAGAGGAUUAGGGCUGAGAAGUCUAAGCUGGAGGGCAAAAACUUCAAAAAACGAAAAGCAUCCGAUAACAAUGAACAACCACAACAGAUGGGCAAAAUGUCCCGGAAACAACUGGCCCAGCAGAAAAGAAGGGAACAGGAGAAACUCGAUAAAGAAAGCAGACGGGAAGAUGAUCAACCAGAAAUUGAAAUAUCCUUCCAGGCGAAACGUGAUCAGCUAAAUCCUUAUAUUCGUGCAAAUAACCCCGCAAUCCCCUGCCGCUCUAUAUCUGACAUACUCUUCAACGAGUCUCAUACAAACGUCUCCCCAGACGGGAUCGAAUACCGCCUCCCCUUCCAAAACCUCCGUUACAAAGUUUCUGUCCGAGUUGUCGAUUUCUUUCCUCCCAAAUUAGAAGAUUUUGCCGUCCAGUAUGACGCCCACCGUGCCGUGCUAUCAGAUACCGAUGGUAGCAUGGUGAGUGACAGUGAUAAGGAAAUAAACAGCGACUCCGCAAGAAUAUCCCGUCGCAAGAGAUGGGAAUGGAGAUUUUGCCUCCUUGUCGAGGAUGCCGGCCCCGGCAUGCACUAUAACCGCAACGCUAAGAGAGAGCGUAUGAAGCUCUUUGUGACGGGCCACGAUGCUGAAUGUUUGCUAUGUCUUGAUCCUGUGAAUCUCCGCAAAAACCCUGGAGCCCUCUCCGACCUCCGCGAGAAGCUCUUUAUUCUUUGGGGCGACCUUGAGGAGCGCAAGAGCGCCAGUAAUGCUACAGAUAUCAACGCUAAUGUCAAUCCCAACGUUAACAAUACCGAUACCGAUAAGCAAGUCAGCGCAUCGACGAAGCCGUUCAUUUGUUGCAUUAAGGAAUUUGGCGUCAGGAACUCGCCAGCAGUUACGAGUUCGGUAGAUGAAGAGAUGGAAGUGGACGACGGGAAUGGGUCUGAGAGUGGGUCCGGGUCCGCUUUUGGGUGGGAGAGGCGGUUCCGUAUGUUUGGAACGACAAUAAUGUAA